AUGUCAUUUGACUUUAAAAUUCUCAAUCAACAACCAUUGUACAAAAGAUUUUCAGUUGAUCGAUCUACUAGUGGUGCAGAUAAUCUAAAACAUAAUUUCGGCAGAGGAUUUUACAAUCAACAAACAGAUGAUAGUGGUGACGCUACCAACUCAAGAUUGAAAAUCCCACAUCCGUUGUAUUCAAGAUUUUCAGAAAUAUCGCAACAACCGUUGCAUGCACCAAUCGAACAUCGACAAGUGUGUCCGAUACAAAAAAAUCUAAUUGUCGAUACACAAUCCUAUGAUGCACAGCAUCAUAAUUACGGAUGUUAUCGACACCGUGCUGCACCCUAUGUCGAAUGUAGACGUGAUAAUACGAUGAUGCCACAAACGCCAGAAUCAGUUAAGUACCAUAGGCAUGAUGAUAACAGAUAUGAAUCGUCUGCUCGUAUGUCAAGGCGCGAUGAUUCCGAUUUUCUUGCUCUACCACCGUUACCGACAGGACGAAUACAUAGAGCGGAAACAAUAAACAGGAAAACAAGAUGGAAUCGUCUCACGGGUGGAUAUCGUCCACAUCCACAACUGUCCUGCAAAUUAGCAUUACUUAUACUAUAUAUGGAAAUUGGACAAAAGCUGUGGGAAGGUCAGGGACGCCAGAGUUCCUACAAUUCUAAAAUUCUACUCCUAUACAGCAGAAUUGAAGAAUGAUGUGAUAGAAUUGGAGGUUUUGACCUCGCAUGGGUUAUAAAACAUUCGGUUGCGAUCCGAAAUGUUUUAUUUCCUACUCAAUCUCAUGCUGCACUGAUUCAGUUCUGUUUAACUUGGUCGGUCUACGUAUUUCUAAACACCCAAUUCUGUCUCAUCAUUCUUGAAUUUAAAAUCAAAAUUUGAAAAAGAUUAUUUUUUCCAAAAUUCUCGUUCACAACCAAAGACCAAACGUAUCUAAGUUUACACCAUUAAGUUUGAGGAAGUUGAGGCCGAAAAUGAACUCGGAUGCUGAAGAAAAUCAAGAAUGACCAAGAAAACGAGCCGAAUUGGAUAGCCCCUUCAAUUCUCCACAAAAUGAAAUGUUAGCCAACUUUCUGCGAUCUCGGACGACCGAGUUACACGCAUUUUAACAUUGCGAAUAUAAAGUCGUUUGCUUUAAUGCCGUUUCCGAUCUGUAUCGUAUUUUCUAUGGCACAUUUUGACACAACAUCGUAAGACGUUGACAAACAUUUCAUUUUGUGGAGAAUUGAAGAGGCCAUCCAAUGAUAUGGUUGGAAACUUUUGAAAGAAAUUUUGAGAUCACCAGGUUUUCUAGAAAACCGAGUUUGUUAAAAAUCUCUAUCUCAAGACCUCAAGGUGUAGCAUAACUUUUCUCCAUCGAAAUAUAUAGAACUCGGCGCACUCUUUCAUUUGAUGCCAACUUCAAGGUUCUACGUUACCCAAGCAGACAAACAUUUGGAAAAACGCGUUUAAACGCUCAAAAGGGAACCACGAUUGUGAGUCAGUAACGCUCAUUAAAAAAACGCAAGAAACGCGUUUUUUGCGCAAAAUUUUCACUUUCAGAC